UACUCUUCUCUUCUCUACUUUCUUUUUUUUUUUUUUCUUUCACGGCCUUUCAUCCCAAGUAGUGGGAUAUCAUCCAACACGUCUCAAUUUACUGAUGCUAUUCGAAAACACCGAUCUGUCAUGUCAUCAUACGGCCAAAACACACGCCACGCAAAGUGAUUUCCCAGAGAGCAACCGAACGUUACGAGAAUCGCAAGCUCGAAUACCGUCAGGGUGCUCUAAAUUGAGUCGACUAGACAUUGUGGAUAAAGUCAAGGGAUUAAUCUUCGGCGCGGUAUUGGGGGAUUGCCUUGGUUUGGCUACAGAAGGCAUGACCAGAGAACAGGUGGAGGCUGUAUAUGGAGAAGGCCCAAUCAGAUUUGGCCUCGAAGACGAAGACGUCACAGGGGUGGUUGGCGUACCCUUUAUCCGCGACGCUUAUCGGUCUAUGUUUGACGACAAUGACUUUGGAGACGACACCGACCAGCAGCUUUUGUUAGUGCAGUCGCUUAUUCAUACAGGAGGCGUGUUCAAUAACAAAGACUUUGCCAAACGACUCAAAGACUGGAGUCAACAUGGUCUUGUUGCUCUGAGUAAACCUCCUCUAGGAACUGGACGAGCUACACAAUACACCAUCAACCAUCCAGCCUUUGAACAUGAUCCCCAUCGUGCUGCGGCUGACGUAUGGCGCUCAAAACAUGUCCUUCGUUCUGCCAAUGGCGCUAUCACGAGAGCACCACUGCUUGGCGUGGUCAAGUUUUGGGAUGGCACAACCGUCAUAGAAAAUUCAGCUGACUGCUGUAGAGUCACUCACUCAGACCCAAGAAGCAUUGCGUCGUGCGCUAUUGUUUCCACUUUGGUAGCAAGAAUGCUACGAAGUCAGGACACAGAAUACAAUGAUUAUCCACCAUCGCCUACUUCAUCACUUAGCAACCCCCACUACCAGGAUCAGAUGUUACGGUCACCUUCUAAUACACCGCCUCUCAGCAAUCAAGACUUGGUCCAAAAUACAGCCAACAAAAAAUAUUUCAUUGAUACAUUAUCCACCGAUCCAUGUCUCCUAUCGUUGGUCGACAGUGCCAUAGAAGCCAACCAACGAUGUUUGACGGCUCCCAACACAGAUCCAUUGUUUUAUUCCCCAGAAACGGACCAGCAACUCACGCAAAGCUAUUACUCGCAACUGUUGGCUCACUGUUAUCCUCCUGUGAAUUUGGAAUCGCUUGCCCUGGAUCACACCGACGAUAAUCAGGACGUCUUCAAAACCCUUGGCGCUGCCAUUUAUGGCUUCACCCGCCAGCUUCCCAAAGGCGAACAAACAUCCAGCUUCAAACGCAUUUUGAUGGAUGUUGUUUUGCAGGGAGGUGAAGCUGACACCAAUGCCUCAGUCACCGGUGCACUGCUUGGUCUGCGUAUGGGCUAUAGCAUGCUUCCAAGUGAAUGGGUGGUUGGUCUCAAACAUUGGGAAUGGCUUGAAGACUGUGUUGAAGAGUUCGUUGCUCUACUGUAGUUGUUGUUUCCUUAUUAUUAUUUUCUACUUGUUAAAA